AUGUCCAUGUUUAAUGCCAUUAAUUUACUUCCCAGAGAUGAAGAAGUUGAGGAGGAGGAACACACUAUAGAAUUACAAGUAGAGACAGGAUUCAAAUUGUAUGAGGAAGCAUUAAAACUAAUGAAUCAGAGUAAAUUCGAUGAGGCUGAUGAAAAAUUUAAACAGUUGUUUGGUUUGGAUAUCUUAGUUCCAGAUAAGUGGGGCAAAUAUAAACACCAAUCUCCAAGUCUUGAUAGACUGAGGUACCUUUCCUAUCGAAAUAGAGCAAUGUAUUAUUACUUCUAUUUAUCCGAGAAUUAUCAAGAUUCUAUGCCAUCAUCAGAAUUAGUUAAUUACACAUUAAAAGUUAUGGAGUAUUUAGUUGAAUCUUUACAGCAUUCAGAGGCAGACAGUACUGUCAUAGCUAUUUUAAUGGAAGUCUUUUCAAGUUUUAAAUCCACAAAAUUAGAAAGAUUGACAUUAGAAUAUGAAUUGAAUAAACAUGAAAAUCAAUUGCUGUUACUUGGACGCCAUCGUCGUUCAUACACAAGUAGUCUGUUACCUUGUUUAUCCAACAUGAUCUUAGAAUACCAUGGUUUAUUGAAUGAUAUUCAAGAUAUACAGAGUCAAGCAAAUAAUUCUAAUAUACUUAACAUAAAAUCAGAUUUGUCGAUUAAAGAGAAUCAUCAAAUAAUAAACUAUAAAUUUAAAGAAACUUUAGGUCGAAUUUUUAAAUUAAAAACUGAAGAUGAGAAUGUAAUGAAAACUUUGGCUUUAACAAAUUUAGAGAUAAGCGAAACAACAUGGGAAUGUUUUGCCAAAACUUUAAAAAAUCAAUUACCUUAUGUUAAAAUGUCAACACUUUUGGGGAAAAAUUCUGAUCCAUAUAAUGAAAUUGAAUAUCCUAUAGAAGGCAUGACUUUUACAAUUAAAGAGCCCAUUAAAAUUGAGAAUACAUUGACUGUUGACAGUGAUGUGAGGGAGAUUGAAGAUACAGAGACAAAAAAUAAGCUCACACAGGUUAGUAAUAGUUCUGAUAAUAGCGUUGAUAAUAAAAAUAAUACUACUGGAGAUAGCAGCAUAAACAAGAGACGAAUAGAAUUACUAGAUGCAAUACCUAAACAAAGAAGUAGUAAAAGAGUUAAAACAAAAGAAAUGCAAGAAUCCCAGACUGUGUCUUCUAUUUCGAAUACACUUCAUAAAACGUUUAAUACUCAAUUAGAGAGUGAAUAUACAAACAUAGGUUGUCAUAUUCCUAUUAAAUAUACCGAUCUGAGUUUAAAGAAAAAUAGGGAGAAUGUAUCACUUAUAUUUUAUGAUGAUUUAUACCAAUGUUUAAAAUCAUGGAACAGCUGGCACACUGAAAUAUUCAAGAAAAACGAUAAAAAUACUAUCUCAUCUACAGAGAAGGCUAAUUUCGAUUUAUUUAAAUUGAAUUCUUUAUUAAGAAAUGAAUUGUCCGAGGAUACCAGAAAAAGUUCUUCUGAGUUUGAACCAAUCCCAGACAAUAAACUAUUUGACUUUAUAACUAAGAUUAAUAAGAAAUCUCCUCAUUUUCAUGAAAUCAGAUUUAUGUUAAUAGAAUAUCUUUUGAAUUCAGACAAUAUUACUAGAUAUAUUACUGCUUAUUUAUGGUCCGAGGAUUUGUAUAAAAUUAUUCAAGGAAUGGUUUUAUCCAUUGAAUCUAAUCUUUAUGAAUAUGUGGCACAAAAUCUAUCAAAAAAAUGGUAUCUAGGGUUAUCGAUCUAUGAGAUCCUUGUUAAUAUGCUUGGACAAUUUACUGAAGAAAUUGUGUCUAAAAAUUCAAAUAAGAAUAAAGUUUCUGAUUUAAAGACACAGAGAAAUAAAUUGGAAAAAAAAAUCAAUCGUUUACAUUCAUUGUUGAUCUCUUAUGAUUGUGCUUUAGAGCAACAAAUUUUAUUAAAAUGGAUUUAUUACACUUAUUUACAAUAUAUGAAUGAUGUUACUGGUGACGUAACAGUAAGUGUCUUGACAAAUAUUAUUGAGCUUAGCUCCCAACUUCCUGCUGACAUUGUGAUAGAAUAUCCAAAUUAUGCUUGUAUACAAACAUUAGAUACAAAGAGGAUAGAAAUUUAUCUUAAGAGAAUCAAUGCAGUAAAACGUUUUAUGGUAAUUAAUUUGGAAGACAUUGAUCAAGAAAUUGAAAAUAUCAAUAACCUAGAAAAAAUAUUGUUACAUAAUUCGAACUCGACAAUAAAAUCUAUUAAGUUAGAUGAUGAUAUGAUUAAUUUCAUCCAGAAUGCACCUCUCACUUUGAAAAUAAAAUUAUGGGAUUUUAUUUUCAGUUAUUAUUUAAAAGCAAAUGAUAUUGUAUCUUUAAAAAGGGUAUACAUAAAUCUGAGUAUGUUUUUAUUGGGAUAUUUGUCGUCUGGAGAGUAUCAGGGAAGUGAUAAAGAGGAUAGAAUGGCAACACUGUUGUCCAUAUUUUCUAUAUUAGGUAGUUUUUCUGAAAGGAUUGCAGAAUUUAUGGAUCUAAGUCAUUGGAAGUUUAAUAAUCUUUUUACCACCUCUGUUGAGGUGGAUCAUUUAUUAAAACUUUUUUAUUUUUAUUACCCUAUAUUAUACUUUGAAAGCAAUUGUGAGAGUAUUGGCUGUACAUCUUUUUUCAGUAGGGUUACCAAAUCAUCAGCUAGACUUAAAGAGUAUAUUACUGCAAUUAUUUCACUUCUCAUAUAUUUUACAAACAAUUAUCUUGAGUUAGAAAAAAAACAGAUAGAUGGUUCUUCUUCAAUCAAAAUAAUUUCUAAUUUUCAUACUUUACUGGGAGAAUUAGCUUUUUGUGAUUCCUUGAACCAGUUGUUUUUGGGAUUGAUAGAAAAAAUUCUAUGCAAAUAUGUGAAUUAUGAAUCUUACAGUGAAUUAAAACCUGUUUUAUGGUGUAAAUAUCAUUUUUCUACUGCUUCAGAUAGUUUUCUAGAUAAGCCACAUUCUACAAUUGAAAGACCUAUGACUAAAUCAGCAUCCUUGAUAUUAGGAAUAUAUUUGUUAAAAUUACAAUAUCAACAUACUCAUCCUAUUCUUUACGGUGGUAAUAAAAAUAUUCCCAAGCAAAUAUUUGAUAAAAUAAUUGAGACUAUAGGUGAUGUGAUUACUUCUGAAAAAUAUAUUAUUAUAAGAAAUCAUCAAAGAUUAAAAGAUUAUUUAAAUCAACCGAUUACAAUUUCUACUGUCAAGAAAUGUUUAGCUGGAAAGCUAAAAGUUAUAUUAUCAUCACCUAAUGAUGAAUUGCAAGAGGCAAUUGAUGCAGGAAUUUUUUACGUAUCUUCUGUACAAGCACUAGGCCAGUAUGUUCAAAGAAAAAAAAUGAUGCAAGCAAGGCCAUCAGAGUUAGAUUAUAUAAUCAAGAAUAUUACAACGGAUAUUUUGUAUAAUACGCAAAGGUAUGAGAGUUGGUAUAUUUUGGGUCAGUGUUAUUCUUUUCUUGUUGAAGAUGAUUUAAUCUGGACUGCAGAUAAAAUAGUCUCUAAGGAAAAGAAAAACACUAUAGCUGUUGCUCAAAGGAAAGUAAUUUUGUGUCUGUUAAUGUCUUUGUCUUUAUUAUACUCAAAGGAAAAUCGUGAUAAAGAUGACAAUACGAUAUUGAAAAUGGUUUUGGAGUCACUAGGGAAAGAACUUACGAUAUCUUAUUACAAGCCAAUGGAAAAGACAUGUUUUGAAUGGAAUUAUGAUGGUCCAAUACUGAAACUUUCUGAUGAUAUUCACGUAGAGAAAAUGCAUAUAUCGUCUACAUUAACUAUGUCAGAUUUCAACAUUCAACAAUUAAUAUUACUUUGCUUUUCAAAGGCUAUUGAGUUAGAAAACAACAUUUUAGAUAAUGCUACUAUAAAAAAUUGGAUGAAUUAUUAUUUUAUUGCUAAACUUCUUUUUAAAUUCAAUAGAGAAGAUUCUAUUGACACCAUAUUUGAAAAGGUUGGAAAGGCAUGUACGUAUGCAAUGUUGUCAUCCGAACAAAAAGAUGCUAUUAUUGAGCCUCAUUAUGCACUUGUAGUAAUGUGUUAUAAAUAUGUGUUAGCCAAGACUUUAACUAGAAACGCUGCAAGGGAUAUUUUAAGGAAAGAUGUAAUAUUUAAGGAUUGCCUAGAGAAUGAUAAAAUAUUCUUAAAGGAUAGGGAGGACUCAGAUGAAUUAUUUUAUCAACAAAUUUGUACAUUUUUAGAGCACUUAAUAUCGUUAGAUAAAAAAAAUUGGCAUCAUAGACUUCAAUACCGAAUGGCACGCAUUUACUUCGAACAAUUCAAGGAUUAUCAAAAAGCUUUAGAAUUGAUGGAUAAAUUUAUAUCAAUUCGUAGUAAUAAAAGUUUAAUAAAUAUAUGGAAGCCUGAUUUGGAAAGGCCAGGUAAGCAUUUUGUUUAUACAUAUCAAUAUGUUAUUUUCUAUGUGGAUCUGUUGGUUAAAAAAGGGGAUUUCAAUUCAAUUGGUAUCAUUAUUAGAAAAAUUAGGAGAUUUGGAUCAGCCAUGGCAUAUGUGAAUAAUGCAAUUGAUUAUUCUAUUAAGCGCUAUAUUGACUGUGUUUAUCAAAAAUUAAAUGUUAAUGAUAAAUAUAUUGAAACAUUAUUACCAAAUUUAAAUUAUAAUGAGUUUUUGUCUGCCAGUGAAGAGUUAGGAAAGACAUUUGACUCAUCAAAAUAUUCUAAUAAAUACACUGAAGGAUUAAAGUUAGCGUAUCAAUUAAAAAGAAGUAGCAAUGGAAUCACAUUUGAUGGGCCUUGUCUUGCAAUAUAUUUUAAGAUUUUCUUUAUUCCUGGGAUAAACGCUAAAUUAGAUGUUGAGAAUAAAAAUAUAGUAUCUCAAUCAGAAUCAAAUGAAGAUAAUAUAGUUUCAAAUAAUAUGAAAAACAUAAUAGUAGCAGAAAAGUUGCCAACAUCAGACACCAUUAAAAAUUCAUCUAGUAAAAAGCGUGUGAGUAAAAAGGAGGCGUUUGAUAGAAUUAAGGAUCUAAUAGAGAAAAUCCCAAAUGUUUAA